AUGGCAGUGGAAGAGCCUUGUGUUAGCCAAACGGUUCAAUCGACAACUAAAAACGAGAAAUCUCAGACCACGACACCGGUAGAAGACACCUAUAGCGACGAUGUCAGGUCGUUGAGAGACUUUCCGGACGACGAGGAGUCAGGACAAGCACAUGGUCAGAGAAAGGAGCUCACGGAGACUGCCACGAACGCCAGCCACGUUGGCGCAUUCGCAGCCAGGACCCUUUCAAUCAUCCGUACCAGAGAGUCUGGGAGAGAUCUUGACCCGCCUCCGGAUGGCGGGUUUCUUGCCUGGUCGCAAGUAGCAUUGGCUCAUUUCGUGAUCUUCAACACCUGGGGCUAUAUAAACUCAUUUGGCGUGUUUCAGACGUACUACACUGAGAAUCUUGGGAAAUCCCCGUCCGCUAUCUCAUGGGUCGGAAGCAUUCAAAUCUUCCUACUUUUCUUCGUCGGGACUUUCUCUGGACGCGCGACGGAUGCUGGUUAUUUCAAGCUCACCUUGACAAUCGGGGCAGUGUUGGAGCUGUUCUGCAUCUUCAUGACAUCUCUCUGCACCAAAUAUUGGCAAUUAUUUCUUGCACAGGGGAUCGGGCAAGGCAUCGGAUGUGGCCUAAUGUUUUGUCCCACAAUUGCCUUGACGCCCACGUACUUCAGCAGGAACCGGUCCAUCGCCAUCGGUAUAGUAGCCUCCGGAUCUGCAACGGGAGGUCUUGUCUUUCCCGCCGUGGUCAUGCGCCUGCUACCGCGGGUUGGAUACGGAUGGACAAUGCGCACCCUAGGGUUCAUCUCGUUAGCAACCCUAACGCCCUGCAUUAUUUUUCUAAAACAACGACUACCACCGCGUAUAAGCGGACCGCUUGUGGAAUGGGCCGCCUUCAGAGAAGCAUCGUACUCAUUUUUCGCCAUUGGUAUGUUCCUCAAUUUUUGGGGGCUAUACAUCGGCUUUUUUUAUAUUGGAAGUUUCACCCGAGAAGUCAUCGGCGCAUCCACGACAACCUCAAUCAACGUCCUUUUGCUCAUGAACGGCAUCGGUCUUUUAGGUCGUCUCGGCCCGAACCUCAUGGCUGAUCGAUACACCGGCCCAUUGAACAUGCUGAUCCCAUUUAGCUUCGCUACAGGGCUUGUUGCUUUUUGCUGGGCAGGCGUGCAUGAUCUUAGCGGAGUGUACGGCUUUGCUGGGUUUUAUGGUUUGGCCGCGGCCGGAAUUCAGUCACUCUUCCCAGCAACAUUAAGCACACUCACAACGGACCUCAAGAAGAUGGGCGCCCGUAUGGGCAUGGUCAUGUCGGUCGUUGGGGUUGCGGCUCUAAUCGGGUCUCCUAUUGCCGGAGCAUUGGUCCAACGAGGAGAAGGCAAUUAUUUAUACGCACAGAUGUUCAUGGGCAGUGUGAUCAUUGCUGGGACUCUGAACUUAAUUGCGGCUCGUUGGGCUAAAAUUGGGCUUGUCUGGGAGCAAGCAUAA